AUGACGUCACUUGGUGCAGACUGCGACGCAUUUAUACAGCAGAAGCUGAAUGAAUUUCCCUGUUCAUUUAACAUUGGACGAGCAAACUAUCAAAUUUAUGGCAAGCGCGUGGAUAGUAGACGGCUUUGUGAACUCACCUGUGUAAAGAACACCUUGAAGAGAUUUGUCAGUAACGACACACCAGACAGCAAUGACGAUACAUGGGUCCCUCUUGAAUGGGCGCAGAAUUACAGAAUAAAAGCUUACGUGGAGGUAGGAAGGUUUGAAGAGGCAAGAAAACUAAUCGAUGAAAUACUGUACAAAACUGAAGGACAAAACAUCACGACAAUGGCUAAUUUGGCUGUUUUAUAUUUUGUAGAGGGCAAGGUG